ACACCAAAGUGCAAUUGCUAGUUGUAUAACAUAAAGUUAAACCUAGGGGUUGCAAGAGGAAUUCUGCAUCCUUGGUCACUGUAUAAAUCGCGGGAUGCCGAUGAAAAUGGCGUGGAGUUAAAUUGGUGGGCAAUAGAGAUUGUAGAGAGGAAGAAUGGCAUUGGCAAGGAAGGUGGUGGAGAAGUUAAUAUGGAGGAGCAACGUAUCGUAUCGCCAAUGUUCAAGCUCUGCAUCAUCAUAUUGGGGAACCUGGGAGCCCACAAACAAUCCUCGCGUUGCCCAGGCCAGAUUGGUAAAGAUUCGAAAGGAUUAUAAAAUGCAGGUGAGCGAACUGCGCAAGCAAUAUUACAAUGAAUUACAGGCCCAGAAAUUGGAGGAAGAUGCCAUGGCCAAGCUCCGAAGAUCCCGUGUUUUGGCUGCCAAGGAGAAAAGGAAUGCGGCCAAGAAGGAACAGGCACGACUCUCUGCACUUGAGCGCCUACAACAACAAGCAGAGUUUACACAACUGCUGCUCAAAGAGAAAGCUGAGAAGGCUGAAAGGCAGAUGAGGAAAUUACGGCAGAUUGAGAAAAGGAGAGAUAAGGACAAGGAACUUAUACGGCAGAAAAGUUCUCAAUGGAUUGACGAGAAAGAGCUGGAUAGGAGAAUAGUUGAAGCUUUUGUGGAUACCACUCAACUGUAGAGUUGAUCUGCUUUAUCAUUAGUAUGCAAUGAGUUGCAUAGAACAUGGUAUUUUUGUUUCGUGGUUUCUUAUAGAUCUAUCGUGAUUCUUAGGUGGACUAUUAGGACAAUUCUGCAUCUGUCACGAAAAUUGUAACUCAUAGUUGUGUAAUCUUGUGUUUUUGAUACGUGAAAGAGAUUUUGAAGAACCUGGAUUGAGAUGGUUUGUACUAAAUUUGGAAUAACUUGUGAAGAUUGCGUUGCAAAGUAUUUUGUACCCCAUACAGUUAAAACGAAAAAGAGAUUAUUAAGAAAA